AUGGCUGGAUCAUCCAUCGCCCCUAUCUGGGUUUCUCAGCUCGAGCACCCUCCUGCCUCCAAGGCCAAGCAGUCUGGUAUCCAGGACCCUCCAGGCUACAGCUCCGGAACAGCCGUCACCAGCUCCAAGAAGAACAAGGAUGCUGUUAAAGUCCAGCCCCGUAAAGCCCCGACCGCCGACGAGAUGGACACCUUGAAGCUCAAGAAGGCUUGGGAAGUCGCCCUAGCUCCUGUCAAGGGCCUUCCCAUGACGGCCAUCAUGAUGUACAUGUCAGGCAAUUCGCUCCAGAUCUUCAGUAUCAUGAUGGUUUUCAUGGCAUUCAAGAACCCAUUGAUGGGUCUGAUGAACACAAACCAGGCAUUCGAGCGCUUCCAGUCCGACAGUCUUUCAUCCCAGCUCCUACAGGUCAAGUUUGUGUACGUGGUGUGCCAGCUCGUUGCACUGGGUGUUGGAAUCUGGAAAAUCAAUGCUAUGGGUCUAUUACCAACAACACGGUCCGACUGGCUAAUGUGGGAGGCGCAGAGAGAGCCUUUGGAACUUGCAGUGGCAGCUUUAUAA